GUGUCUUACUUCCUUUUUUAUGCUGCAGGCUAGAUUUUGGAUGUUAGUACGCUUACUUUUUGGGUAGAUGAUUAGUAAUAUAUGAUCUAGUUUUUUUUUUUUUCAUGUGCCUGUUGAAAUCUUUGGCUGGUUUUUGUGGGCUCUUGAUUAUCUGGAAUUUUGUUUCUUCAUAAAACAAAGCUGUAUUAACAGGGGAUUUGGCUUUUAUCACUUUUUUCUUGACAUGUUCCAGUUUGAUGGUUCAAGUCUUCCAUGUUUCUUGACAUAUGACCUGAAGAUGUUCUGCAUAACCUUAUAUGAUGUUCUACUAAAUGAUGUUUCAAGUUUUCUCGUUGUCUAUGUUGUUUGGUUAAACUUCAGCUCUGAUGAGGAUGCUUAUUUGUAGUAUUCAUAGAAUAUCCUUUGCUAUGGCCCCUAAUUAUUGAAGGGUUGGAGUCUUUUCUUUCAUAUGCCUAGAAGAAAAUUAAUAUUUUCAAAAUUUUAAAAUACAAGAAACAUAUUUACUGAGUGAUAUAUUAGAUCUGAGGCUCUUUGCUUAGGCAGGCUGACCUGGUGUUUAUAUUGGGUCACAUGCUACUUAUUGGUGUUUCUGGAUACUUUUUGUCUCCUCUGUUGGAUGGUAAAACCAUUAUACUACUAUUUGGUUAAUCUGUUUGUUGCUCAUAGCUAUUGUCAUAAGGUUGUGUUCUAGAAAUAGUUCACCAGUUCCUUUGUAUCUCCUGUGGUUUAUUAGUUCUGGGUCAAUGGAGGGACUAUGAUAGUUGCCCAUUUUCUGUUUUGGAUACCAAAAAAACUAGCAUACAUGGACUUACAAGUCAAAAUUUUAUUUGUGUGCUUGUCCCAUUGUUUUUCCAUCAAAAUUUUCAUUUUCUUCUUUUGCAUUGUAAUCAGAAUAUAAAACUUAUCCAGAAUUGCAAAGGCUGCAAAAUAUUUCCAAACUGAAUUAGUAAACUUUAGAUUGACAUUAGAAUUAGACAGAGCUGUGCUAUUUAGAGUCAAAUGACAUGGAGGUUUUAACCUACUAUUCAGUGGGCACAUAUAUUCUUCUGAGUGAAACUGCUUUCUGAUGAAAAAAUUGUUAGAUUAACCAAAUGAAAGAAAGUUUGGGUGUAUAAUCUGGUGGCAAGUUUAGAGCAGUCCUGAGAUAUUAGGGAGCAUCCAUCAAAGUUUAGAUGGUAAAUUGUGAGCUAAAGCAAAACAGUUUUUGGCUUUCAAAAAGAUAUUAAGUGGCCACUACCAUUUUGGUUUGUUGAAGCAAUUCUUGCUACCUAUUUUUACUUAAUCUGCUUUACUCCUUUUUAUUGUGUGUCAUAUGAGGGUUCUUAUGCCAUGAUAAGUGAGUUACUCUUGACUAGAUAUUUCUUAGCUGAUGAUUUAAGAGUUCUCAUGUGGGCUUUGACCAUGACUGACUUAGUGAUUAAUUGUAGUCACAAUUAAUCUUUACCAAAGACGUAAUUAUGCAGAAAAUGUACUAAAAAUCCACAUGGAUCCUUAGUACCACAAAGGGAAUCUAAUCAAUUUAUGAAUGUUUUGGUAUGAAAAUGAGAAGAGAAGAGCAAGCAAUAUACAUACUUCUCUUUCUUGCACCUGGUUUUGGUAACUGCGUGAUUGAAAUGGAUGCGUUGAUUCUUAAAAUCCAUGAUUUUUGAAUAGGUUUGUCUUAACCAAGGAUAAAGAAAGAAAUCCUUUGGAAAUCUUUUUUUCAUUAUCGUUUCUCUCCUUCAUGUUGUUGCUGUAUAUUAAUUCGAUUACCUAUAUACUUUGUUUCUAUGGAAUUUCAUAAUAGAAAACGGAAAGGAUUUUGAAUCUGGGAAUGCAGGAAACACUCAGACUGGGGCUUCAUUCAACAUAUGCUUCAAUAAACCCAAACAAAUUAUUGCUUCCUAACAUUCUAUCAUUUUUAAGGAACCUAAUGGUGAUUUGAUGAAUUGAAUUUCGUCAUGAUGUUGAAAUUAGGCACACAGGUGCUAGAGAAGACAGGGUCCUACAUAUGCUGGCUUACUAUUUGGCUUUGACGUGGUCAUUCAGGCAUAAGCUUCAUUUUGAAAUCCACGGUAUAUGGAAGUCGGUUCAUAAACAAGAAGCAUUAGUUGUGAGUGGUAACAAGAUCUAUUACUAGUCAAGGGACUCCUUUGUACUUCAGUGCUCUACCCCAAAAUGAAGGCACCAACUAUUAACCUUGAAUCUGAAGAGGAUUCUGAGGUGAGCAGUCAAGUUGCCUCCAACAUAUCCACCCAAGAAGUCUCUCCUGGUCCUUCGAAGGAGAGCAUUACUUCUUCACCGUCUCUCACACACUCACUUGAUCUAGAAAGGGAUCCAAGGCCAGUUACUCUUGACUUGACUCUUGGCUUCAACAGCAGUGAUACUGAUUCGAAGGGUGUUGGUGAGAAUAAUGGUGAAGUAUUUCCUCAUCCCCCAACUCCAGGAGUGUCCAGGGUAUUCUCCUGUAACUAUUGUAGGCGCAAGUUCUAUAGCUCGCAGGCAUUAGGCGGUCAUCAAAAUGCACACAAGAGGGAGAGGACACUUGCAAAGAGGGCCAUGCGGAUGAAUAUGAUAUCAGAUCGCUAUGCCAGCUUGGCAUCUCUUCCCCUUCAUGGAUCUGCAUUUCGGUCUUUGGGCAUUGAAGCUCAUGCUUCGGUGCACCAACCAAUUAUGUCAUCAGAUAGGCCUCUCCAUGCAAUAAGAGGCGGAGCAAAGUUUGAACAAGGUUAUUUUGGUAUGCCAGUGUAUAUGGAAGAUGAUGAAGUAGAAAUGUACUGGCCUGGCAGUUUCCGACAAGUUGAAGGAGUUGCCAGCAAUCUGGCUUUGAAUUCUGGGCAAAGUUCCAGCAUCAAUUUUGUAGCAGUGGCACCACCGCCUAGAGCAGACUCAUCAACAACACCUGAUCUAAAUUUGAAACUUUGACGAGUCAUCUUCUCUUUUGUAAUACGAAGUCAUAAUUAUUUCUUCUGAAUUCAUAAUUUUGUGACAAUUUGCUAAUGUACAGGGAUUAAGUGUUAAGGGUUGAAUAUGAGCUUUUUAAUCCUAAUUCCUCCUCAACUUAAUUA